UCCUGUCUCUAUAAUACGUUUCGCAGUAGAAGAGCUAAGUCUCCUGUUCUCACCAUUAAUAGGUUCUGAAGAUUCCAUUUGUUUCUGGAGCCAUUUUGGAAUAUGCUGUGAAUCCAGCAGUUACUUGCAGAGAUAGAUGAGUCCUCCCUAUGUAUGUCUGUCCAUACAUACAUUCAAAUUGUCGGAAAGCAAACAAUCCACCUGCAUUGAAUUAUUUCAACAAAGUCAACAGUCAAAAGAAUCAUGAAACUUCGGCAUUACAUCCAGUUGAACAAUCUUCAGGAAUAUUCACGCGUAAACAAGAAAUAAUUAUUAUGCCUAACAAUAGUACCAAAAAUAAUAAUAAUAAUAGUAAUAAACAAUUGAAGGAUACAUUACCACAGACAAGUGUUACAACAACCAGUCAACAACAACAGCAACAACAACAACAAUCACAAUUGUCAACAGUCUAUGCUAAAGAGAAGUCGAAUUCAAUUAAUGUUCAUUUCAGACAGAAUAUCUCUGAUAAUAAACCGAAAUGCGUUGAUGUCAGGCGUACAACACCAAGACAACUGAAACAAUAUCAAUCAAAACGUGGUCACCUUUUCUCGUCAACAUCCCCACCAACUUCAACGACAACCAACCUGACAGAAUCUGAUCAAAAAGCUUUAUUCAAUCAUGCUAUAUCUGAAAAAAGUAAAACCACAGGAAAUUUUCACAGUACCGGAGGAAAGUCUGCUCAUGCUCAACACCAAACACAUCCCGGUGAUAUUGCCUCCUCUCUAAUACGUACAGCAAGUCUACAUCUGAAAACCACCCUGUCACGAUUAAAACGAUCGAAUAGUGGACAUACCAGUAAAUCGUUAGAUAAUUCAAUGCAUACUACUACUACUACUACGAAUACUACGACGAUAAGUAAUACUAACAAAACGACUACUGCUGAUGACGAAACAUCUCUACGUCGUAGUUCUAUGCCAUAUGAUCAGAAAUCAAUAAAAAGUAUUACAAAAUAUUAUGAACGACAAUCGUCGAAUGAUGGUGAUGAUUUAUCACCUGGUUGUACAAAAUGGUCUACACGAUUAGGUCCUCCUCCACCGUGUACUCUGAGUACGCCUAUUGUUGCAUCAUCAAUUCAUAGAAAUACUUGUCCCAAAUGUACCGCCUCGAUGGUGACUUAUGCGACUACAAUAACCACAGUCUCUGCUGGUACACGAGCGCCAGUGAGUGAAAAUAAAGAUCCUUCAUUAUCGCAUCCGUAUACCUCUACUACUACUACUACAACCACUACUAAUGUAAGCAGUGCAUUCUAUUCGUUGCCUACAUGUGAAUCAAAUGAGAUUAGUCUAUUAGCUGAUGAUUGUAUAGAUUUUGGUACACUUGGUCGUAUUAAUUUUCGUACGGGUAGUUUUAUGGGUCGUUAUCCAAACUAUUCGCGAUCGAAUCAGCUUCAACAGUAUUCCCGUGGUCAAAAUAUAAGCCAUAUACAACACCACCAACAACAGCAACCACAACCACAACGUCUAGCUGAUUAUCGACCACUUUACUUGUCAGUUCAACCUCAAACUUCAUCAUCCUCGGGGAAUACAACACGUUCUGCGCCUUCACCAAGUCUUUCAUCAAUCACAUCAACCCAAGGCGUAUUAGUAUUGUCUUCAUCGUCACCUGGUGGUAGUUGUCAUCAUCAAGAAUCAUCCUAUCAACAUCAACAGAAUAAACCAGUCGCCUUGAAGACAUCCUCCACUUCAUCGAUCACGCUGGCAGGAUCAUCAUCACGUUCAUCUAGAAAUUAUUCUUUACAUUAUCCACAAACAGGUGAUAGUAGUGGUGUUGUCAUCGGUGAUCGUGGUGUUGAAGACUAUUCAAUACCUGUUCAACAUGAGGAUAUUUUAUCUGCAUCAAGAAGAAAUCCAAAUCGUGAAUUAGAUCCAAUCUUGGCACGUCUUCUAUCAGAUGUUACUAGUAUUGAUGAGUAUAGAUCUUCAUUACAACCUCAUGGCUCAAUUACACCUCCAUCAACAUCAAGCUCAUCAAUACAUCGUAAGCGUAACACUGCAGCACAUCAAAAACAUUCACCCAUGUUAACAGCAGCUUCAAGUGAUCCAGAUUCAAUAUCACGAUCUGCUGAAAAUCUAUCAAUUCAACAAAACAUUAUGGAUGAUAUAUGGGAUUUAAAUAAACAAAUUGGAGAUUUAAUACAAAUGGAAUUUCAUUAUAAACAGAGAAAGCCAACGACAACAUCGACAACAACAACAACACCAAAAACAGUCUCAGCAAUGAAAAAAUAUCAGUCAUCUCCUCAUGGUACAUUGCUAUCGGGAUCUAGAAGUUCAGCACCAAA